AGAGCAUAGUGGCGACGAGAAUAUCUCAGUGUAGAGUUGUGGGGCGGUCGAAGAAGGAAGAAGAGUAUUCAACUGGGAAAACGAAACAAAAAAAAACUUAAAGUGUGGGAAACUAGGUUUUUCUGAUAUGGCCUCGGGUGACACCUUAUACAUAGAAACGGACGGAUCAGAGAUGCCAGCCGAAAUAGUAGAACUUCACGAAAUAGAAGUGGAGACCAUCGAGACAACAGUUGUGGGAGACGACGAUGAACACCAGCCUAUGAUCGCUCUGCAGCCUCUGGACUCAGAUGAUCCUCAUGCGAUUCACCACCAAGAAGUGAUUCUAGUGCAGACCAGGGAAGAGGUCGUGGGUGAGGACGAUUCUGACCUACGUGCAGACGACGGUUUCGAGGACCAGAUUCUCAUCCCCGUCCCGGUGCCGUCCGUGGAGGAAGACUACAUUGAACAGACUCUGGUCACUGUCGCUGGGAAAAGCUCGUCGGCGGGGCGGAUGAAGAAGGGGGGAAGCGGGAAGAAAGCGGGCAAAAAGAGCUAUUUGAGUGGAGCGGAGAUAAGUAGAAAAUGGGAACAAAAGCAGGUUCAGAUAAAGACUCUGGAGGGGGAGUUUUCUGUUACAAUGUGGGCAUCAGAUGACAAGAAGGACAUAGACCAUGAGGAGCAGAUCAUUGGUGAGAACUCUCCCCCCGAUUACUCUGAAUACAUGACAGGGAAAAAGCUCCCUCCAGGAGGUAUCCCAGGCAUUGACCUGUCAGAUCCCAAACAGCUGGCUGAGUUUGCACGAAUGAAGCCAAGGAAGAUAAAAGAAGAUGAUGCCCCCAGAACGAUAGCAUGCCCUCAUAAAGGAUGCACCAAGAUGUUCAGGGACAACUCGGCAAUGAGAAAGCACUUGCACACACAUGGGCCCCGAGUGCAUGUCUGUGCCGAGUGUGGAAAGGCUUUUGUGGAGAGCUCAAAGCUGAAGCGGCAUCAGCUUGUACACACAGGAGAGAAACCUUUCCAGUGCACAUUUGAAGGCUGUGGCAAGCGGUUCUCCCUGGACUUUAACUUGCGCACACAUGUGCGUAUUCACACUGGAGACCGUCCCUAUGUCUGUCCCUUCGAUGGCUGUAACAAGAAGUUUGCACAGUCAACCAACCUCAAGUCUCACAUCCUCACACAUGCCAAAGCAAAAAACAACCAAUGAAUAUGCAUUCAUCAACAAGCCAACUGACAACUUCAGCAUGCGCAAGAGGAUUCGGUGUGUAUUCUCACUCCCACGCAGGCAACAAAAAGUGGGGUGUGAGAAGGGAAAUCCCCUUUUAUUACUUUCAGACAAGAUUUUAGGAGGAUGAUGAACUUUUGGAAAUAUUUUGAUACACGUGUCAAUGUGAGAGAGGAACUCUUGAGAAACCUUGCCCCCUCCCAAUUCUUACCUUGACAUGGAACGUCAAAGCUUGCAAUUUCUUCAAGUGAAGAUGUGAAUCCAUGAAUUUAACUCAGUUAUUUACGACUUCACACGGCAAUUUCAAAUAGAUUCAUUUCACAGUUGAAUUUCGGUUUGCAUUAAUCUUUAUCAAGGAAUUAGCCUUUCAGUUUUGUACUUUCCUUAAGUGUGCAUAUUGUACACUUUCUUUGGCAUACGCAUUGUAAUGUAAUAUGUUGUUCACUAAAUAGCUCUUCGUAGAAGAGAAUUGAUAGUGUGUUAUACUUCCCUGUUUCACUGUUUGUGAUUACAUUUUGGGUACAGAUGGGGGUGUUCUUUGUUUCAUUUUGUAUAAUGUAACAUUUGGAUAUAUCAGAGUCAUGUAGAUAAUAGCAAUGUGAAUGAAAUAGUGUUAUUUGAUUAAAACAAAUAUCCCCCUGCACUACCUGAUAGUGUCUUGUCUGUCCUUACCCUCUUUAUCAUCAUUAGCUUUACACAACACAUCCAGAGAGAGCUAAACUUCGAUCAAAUACAUCACCAGAAAGCUGGAUGGCAUUAACUAGAGUUUCAAUGGCCGUAUGUACUAUUCACAGAGCAUUAGGGGACGUUAGUUAAUGGUCACGCCCAUAUUUGCAUAUGAAACUGGUCGUUAAGCAACUGUAUUGUUUAUAAGGGUGGGGAUACCUGCAAUCAGUUUAGAUUGAAGAGGGCAUUUGAUGAAACUUAUGUCAAUAAACGUAUACAGAU